AUGGAUUUAGACAUAGCAACAACAGAGAAUUGUCCUCCAGAACUUGCUUCUGAUGCUGCAGUUGAUGUCAAAGCAAAAUAUGAAAGAUGGCAGAAGGCUAAUCGAAUUACUCUCUUGGUGAUUAAAAGAUCUAUGUUUGACACAGUGAGAGGUGGCAUUCCUGAAUCCGAGAAUGCCAAGGAGUUCUUGGCAUCUAUUGACUCGAAGUUCAAAGAAUCAGAUAAGGCAGAAACUGGUAAUCUCAUGAAUGAACUUAUGACCAAAAGAUAUAAUGGUAUGGGAUGUGUGAGGGAACAUAUAUUAGAACUGCUAGAUAUUGGAGCUAAAUUGAAUGCCCUCAAAGUUCCUAUGAGUGAUCAUUUCUUAGUUCAUGUGGCACUUAAAUCACUACCGAAUGAGUACUCACAAUUAAAGAGCACAUACAAUGAACAAAAGGAGAAGUGA